AUGCAGUCACUACGCAGAACAGCAGUGGCUGCUGCCCGGACGAGCCGCACCUCACUCACGCGCCAGUCGCGCCGCUUCGCACACGAUGAGCACGCUCACGGCCACCCGACCCCAGCCGCCGACGAGCCCAUGGGCUAUGGCUUCUUUAUGACCGUUGGCGUCAUCCCCGUUGGAAUCGCCGUAUACGCCUUGUCGCGACCGGACGGCGAGAACAACGAGCCCUACAUUACCCGCAUGAUCUCCAAUGCGACGGCUGGGCUACACGAGAAGUGGACUUCGCAGAACGACCACCACGUGCGUAUGAUCGAGCAGGCGGGUGAGGACAGGGUGCUGUUCGCGAACACACGGCCUCAGGAAUACGUCGACAUGAAGUUCCCAGAGAUCAUGAACGUCGGAUCGCCAUACAACGUUCCCGCCGGAAGCCAAGUGCAGAUGGACAAAGUCAUUGAGAAAUAUAAGAAGCUGGCGUACGAGGACAAUGAGCGCAAGCUGGAGAAGUUGAGGAAUAACGACAUCUCGUCCGAGACGCCCGUAACGGGCCCGAAGACCCGCGUUAAGAAGGCGCCUGACAUACAGAUGUCCAGUCCUGUCGCAUUGCGCACUCGAAGCAUGCCGCUCCUUCCCUUUCGCAGAAGGAAGGUAGUUGCGGCCGCUACGGCUCCAGACUCGGCCCCAUUGCUCCCCGAACUCAACUUCACCGCCCGCAAGAGGAAUGACAUGAACGGGUCAGCUUGGACCACCGACGACACUUCUCGCACUGCGAACGCCGCACCAGCACGCACGACCUCGACCACCACCAUGCCCUCAUACACAUCGCCCCGCAACGUCUCAGGCCCGCUAGCUGUCGACAAAGCCGCCAUGGCUGCCGCCGAUGAGAACAGCCCGUGGGCCCGCCCCAACCACUACAGCACCCCCAACUCAAAGACAUCGCAAUACAUUGAUAAGAUCACACAAGAGAAUGACCGCCUGCGACGGGAACUCAGGGCAGAAAAGCUCGCAAGAGAAGAUGAAGCCAAGCGUGUGUCGGCUGCACAAACCAAAGCCGAAGACUCCCGCGCCGAGUACCAACAUCUCCAAGUGCUUGCCGACACCAAUGCGCGAGCCAUAGAGCGGAAAGACCGGAAGCUAGAAGAACUCAAGGCCACACUCGACGCCGAAAUACAAAGAAGGAAGUCCGCCGAACAGCGAGCCGAAGAAGCGCUGCGGAUGCUGGGCGACACACGAUCCGAGACGCAACGACAGCUUUCGCAAGCAUACGAGAUGAGGGGCAUGGCAGACACGAACCUCGAAACAGCACGAGACGGCUUCAAGCGCAUCACCGACGGCUACGAGAAGAAGGUCCGCCAAAUCAACGAUGAGCUUAAUGAGUUACGGAGAAAGCGCCUCGAAGACGCCGAUAAGAUCAAGCGGCAAGCCAUCAUUAGCGACCAGCUACAACACGAAUCUUCGCGAUCCACACGGGCCGAGGCCAAGCUGGUCAACCUGAUGGAGGCAUACAAGAAGGAGCACCGGAAAGAGAUGGAUGCUCUCAUACAGGAAGCAGAGCGGCUGCGACGCGCACUACCAGAGAAGGAACGAGAGGCGCAGAAACUUGUCGAUUCGUUGGAGCAAACCCGCGAUAAGAUGCGAUGGGUCAUGACUCAGCAUGAACGGCAAACUGGGGGCAAAUGA